AUGCCCGAUCGCGACGCAACAAGCAAAGAAGAGAAUACUCUCUUGCUGCCAAAGAACCAACGCGAAGAUGAACAGAGUGCUAAGAAACCUGGAGAUGCUGCUGGGGCGCAAAGUCGCUCUGUCGUUCUCCGCUAUGUACGCUGGGCGAUGGAGAUCCUCGUGGUGAUGACCAUAGUGGGCACCGGCUUGAGACUGCUAUCGACCAAGACAACCAAUCAUGGAGUCAAGAGGGCGCCGUCAUUCUCGCUGCACCGCUCUGGUGGGAAGUUGAUGCGUGGAGGGCACCGACUGCGCUCGUUCCUCCGCAACAUGAAGAGCCACCCGCCAGUAUUGAGCGAGCUCCCGUCCGAUACCGAUAUAACACUCGGUGUUGAUGUGGAACUGGAGAGAGCGAUGGAUAUCUACUGUCGUGGCCCCCUCCUGCAUGCUGUUCAGAUGGCCAACGUCUUUUCAGACAGCAAAUACUUUGUCGACAUGCCCAUCAAAGACAACAGCAGCGCUUUCGAUAUCCUCGUGGAUUUCCAGCGUCGUGAAUUGGCCAUGACCGACUAUCAACCGCAUACUCACGACACGCACGAGCAACUUCUGCGUCGCUUUAUUGACGACCACUUCGACCCUCCAGGCACAGAUCUACUGCCGGUCACGCCGUUUGACUUCCAAGGACAAUACCACCCGCCGAUGGUAUCCGACAUCCAAGACAAAGAGCUCCGAGACUGGGCGUUUGAUCUGCAUCAAAUCUGGCAGACUCUUGGGCGCACUCGCAAUUUAAAUGUAAAAGGGUCGCUACUUCGAUCCCGAAAACUGGACGCACCAAGUUUGAGUCAACCUGCCAACGUACUGAUCGUACCUGGUGGACGCUUCCGUGAAAGUUACUACUGGGAUUCGUAUUGGAUCGUGCAAGGACUUUUGGUCAGUGGUAUGCCGAUCACAGCUCGUGGUAUCGUGAACCACUUGCUGGAAUACGUUGCUGACUAUGGCUUCGUGCCUAAUGGUGGGCGGAUCUACUACUUGACGCGGUCUCAACCUCCAAUGCUCUCAGAUAUGGUGAAGCUGGUAGCUCGUCUCUCGGUUGAUGGCAACGAGACAGAGUACGAUGACGAGUAUCUACGUGCUGCAUUGCCGAUUCUAGAACGUGAGUACGAUUUCUGGAUGCAACAUGGACCUUGUGGCCAUGCCGUGGAGUUAACUCGGCGGAAUUUGAGUACGACGUACGUGUUGAACCGCUACACGUCCAAUGCCAAUCAGCCACGACCAGAGUCGUAUCGUGAGGAUGUGUUGGUCGCUGCCGAGUUUUUCGAUCGCACGAUGCAAAUGGAGGAUGGAAACGCUGCGGCCACAGAGCGACACAAGGACAAGUACUACAAUAAUGUGAUUGCUGCAGCCGAGAGCGGCUGGGACUUCAGUAGUCGAUGGCUACGAGAUCCAUUGGACAUGAAGUCGAUGGUGACCACGUCGGUAGUUCCUGUGGAUCUGAACGCGAUCAUGUACCGGGUAGAACGCAAUCUGAUGGAGUUUAAUCGACACCUGGGUAAUGACGUUCGAGCUCAGUUUUUCGAGCGAGCUGCUGCUCGUCGACUGGAAGCUAUCGACGCUAUUCUCUGGAGCGAGAAACACAAGAGCUGGAAAGAUUACGACUUGGAGACGGACACACACUCGACUAUUGUCUCGGUGUCCGACUAUACUCCGCUAUGGGCGAAGGCAUUCAACUCGUCCGAUAUUGAUCGUCUCAAGCAUGUCGUGACCUCACUCAAGAGCUCUGGGUUACUCCAGGUCGGUGGUGUACAGACCACAACUAUUUUCUCUGGGCAGCAAUGGGAUUCGCCUAAUGCGUGGCCGCCGGAGCAAGACAUUGUCGUGGAAGGUUUGCUGGCAGUCAACACCACAGAGUCGUACAGUUUGGCCCGUGAGCUGUCACAGACGUGGACGCAGACCAGUUUGACAGCUUGGAGACAGACAGGUUUGAUGUUCGAGAAGUACAACGCAUCCGAGAUCGGCGGCUUGGGCGCUGGUGGUGAAUACUUCCCGCAGUUCGGCUUCGGCUGGACGAACGGAGUGAUUUUGAAGUUCCUCACGAUUCAUCAGAAUCUGUUGCUAGCAGUGUAG